UCAUUUUUCUUCUCCAUUUAUAUGUAACAUCACUUCACUUCACUUCACUUUCUUCAGCUAUACCAUUUGUGUUCACGUGAAACAUGGAACGCACAACAUCAUUCAACGACCCUAUUCACCUCCAAACAAGGUUAACCUCACAACCAAGCCUCGCAUCAGUGCCUUCCCUUAAUUCACACUCUCAUCUCUUCAACCCUUCAACCAUCUCUCACACGUGUCUCACAACCCUCAAACCCCACGCAUCCUACACAUCCUCGCUCACCCUCGCAGGGAAAUUCCUCUACACAGCUUCAUCAGACAGAGAAAUCAAGUCCUGGAACCAUGCACUUUUUCACUCUCAACAACCACCACCACCCACUAACACUGUUAUUGCUGGAAAGGGUGCUGUGAAAUCCAUCGUAGUUCACUCAGACAAACUCUUCAGCGCUCAUCAAGAUCACAAAAUCCGCGUUUGGAAGAUCACCAACCACGAACAUGGCCAACACAAGUACACACGUGUGGCCACGCUCCCAACCCUUGGUGACCGUGUCUCAAAGAUGUUGAUCCCCAAAAACCACGUUCAGAUUCGAAGGCACAAAAAGUGCACCUGGGUUCACCACGUUGACACAGUUUCUUCCUUGGCUUUGUCCAAAGACGGUACCUUCUUGUAUUCGGUUUCAUGGGAUAGAACAAUUAAGAUUUGGAGAACCAAAGAUUUCGCUUGUUUGGAAUCAGUGCGUAACGCACACGACGAUGCUAUAAACGCGGUUGCAGUUUCUUACGAUGGGUUUGUUUACACUGGAUCAGCGGAUAAGAGAAUUAAGGUUUGGAACAAAAGGGAAGGGGAAAAGAAACACUCUUUGGUGGAUACGUUGGAGAAACAUAACUCUGGGAUUAAUGCGUUGGCUCUACGUGGUGAUGGGUCUUUGCUAUAUUCGGGUGCAUGUGAUAGAUCUAUAUUGGUUUCGGAGAAGAGUGAAAAUGGUAAAUUGGUUGUGGUGGGUGCGCUUAGGGGACACACUAGGUCAAUUCUAUGCUUGGCUGUGGUCGCGGAUUUGGUGUUCAGUGGGUCUGAGGAUAAAACCAUUCGAAUUUGGAGAGGUGUUGAGAAGGAUUAUUGUUGUUUGGGUGUUUUAGAAGGGCAUAGAAGUCCAAUUAAGAGCUUAACUGCAAUAGUUGAUCAUAGUGAUGACACCUCCGAAGCAUCUUUUCUUGUCUAUAGUGGUAGUUUGGACUGUGACAUUAAGGUUUGGCAGGUUUUUAUUACUGUUCUUUAAACUCGUGCUUUUUUUGUAAUUUUAUUAUACUUUUUUCUCAUUUUAGAACGUAAAAGGAAAGAACCUACCCCUCCUACCUCUUUAUGUAAGUAAUCUUGAAACCUAGGCCAGGAUUCUU